GUUGAGUUUGCGCCCUCUGCAAGAUUCGAAAGAAUUUAAUUGUAGCUUCAUCAGGUGGCGACCACUUUGAGUUCAUUCAAUCCAUCAACAUCCAAGAGCAUGCGCUUUUUGACGGCGGUACGCCUAAUUUCCAAUCUCUCUCCGUCGUGGACUUUAUUAUUAUUAUUAUUUUCCGCUGAAACGUUCUUGAUUAUUUGAUGGUUGUGCCAUAUGCAUCGCGAGCAUCAGCAUGCGUUUUCGUGAUGCUUUCCAUUUCCGCCAGGAUAUUGUUCGACCCUUCAGCACGAGCCCAUCGCCAACUGAGGGAACCUGAAGCGCCUAGACCAGGUUGCAGUGGCACUCCGCCAGAGCACAGUCUUAGUCGUGUGAUCCUCCACUCUCACCUGCAGGACACUAGUGACAACUUUCAUACGAAACGGCAGGAUCACCGAAAACGAUCAAGAUAGCUUAUCGCAAAUCUGCCGCAGCUUCCGCCGGCAGAGACUUUGUGAGC